UCCUUUUUAAUUUCGGUUUCAAUCUUAUUGACGGUCCCUUUUAGUGUUUCCUUCUCCAAUGUCGCAGCUUUUUCAUCUCGAGGCUUCAACUCUUUUAUAUCCUUACUAACUAAUUCAAGUAUACCCAGUUUGUCAUUUAUUGAUUUUAACAGAUCAGUUUCGACCUUUACCAUUCCCGGUGAUGGAGAUUGGUGACAUGAUUGAGAUAACCAGAGGUCAAUACAAACACUGGGCUCUGUACAUUGGACAUGGAAAGGUCAUCCAGUUGGUAGUUCCAGAUGGGCCUUCAAGAGUAUCUUUCUGCAGUUUUAGCUCAUCCAGCGGCAGUGUUUCCUGUAAAGGCACGAUUACAAUCGAGACAUUACACGAUGUGGCAGCAGGGAAUACUUACAAAAUCAACAACUACCUGGAUGACGAGUACAAACCAAGGAGGACUGACGUCAUUAUGGGGGAUGUGGACAAAAUGAGAGGCAGCACAAUAAAAUAUGGCCUCCUUGGACAGAACUGCGAGCAUUUUGUUAAUUUCCUCCGUUAUGGCCAAUCAGUGUCCAAACAGGCAGAUGACUUCCUGAAGAAGUUGUUAGGUAGUCAGCUAGGCCUGAUUGGUGUACUGGCUGUGUUUGCUGUUUCUACAGUUGCUGCAGCAAACACACUUAGUUAAUAAUUGAUUGGUUCCCUCAUGAGUCUAUUGUGAAUGUCAGUAAUGCAAAAUGUUGUUUAUAACCUAAUGAAUAAAGGACCAUCUCAAAGA